GUAAUUGUUGCGUGAUGUGCAUGAACCGAAGCGCGAGCAGCAAACAGCAAAGAAGAGAAGUGUCUAUGGCGAGUGGUGCUAGUGCGAUGCAGCGGUGCACCGUCGCUGCGAGGUGGUUGAUAAGAGCAACGUCGACGGAGACGCCGUCUGCCUGUUCCGGCGAAGCAGCUCCGAUACUGUGCGGUCGAGGUGAUAAAAAGACAAAGAAAGGGAAGCGAUUCAAGGGAUCGUAUGGAAAAUCUCGUCCGAAGAGAGAACAAAUGAUCGAGCGUAUGAAAGAUAAGGUGGAAGUUCCCAGGUCUACUCCUUGGCCUCUUCCUUUCAAGCUCAUUUGAUUUCAUUCGAUUAGAUUUGAUUCGAUUCUCACUACUCUGUUUGCGUUCCAAAUUUUUAGGGUUUUGUGUUCGUUAUUCGCGAUAUGUACUUUUAUUACCAUUUUCUAUUUCAAUGGAAUUUUUAGUUUUCGGCUUCA